GCGCAGUGGCGGUAGUCCUUGGCUGAUCGGCUUCCUGUAGGUUACUUCCAGCCUUCCAGGACUGUAACAAAAUGCAGAGCUGGACGCAGCUUUACCGCUCUGUGGCCACGCGACGCCACCAUCUGCCCUGCAAGCUGCACCGAGCUGCAGUUGUGUCUGUGAGGAACUACGCCAACAAAACAGAAAUUGAUGCAGACAUCACAGUCGUGGGUUCUGGUCCAGGCGGAUACGUUGCUGCCAUCAAAGCUGCACAGCUUGGCUUUAAGACCGUUUGUGUUGAGAAAAAUGCAACGCUGGGUGGGACUUGUUUAAAUGUUGGCUGCAUCCCCUCAAAGGCGUUACUCAACAACUCCCACUUGUACCACUUGGCUCAUGGCAAAGACUUUGAAAGCAGAGGCAUCGAAAUUUCAGGAAUCUCCUUGAACCUGGAGAAGAUGAUGGCUCAGAAGAGCGGGGCGGUCAAAGCUCUCACCGGUGGAAUUGCACAUCUAUUCAAACAAAACAAAGUAACUCACGUAAAUGGUUUUGGGAGAUUAACCGGUAAGAACCAAGUGACGGCCACUGCAGCUGACGGCACAGAGCAGGUCAUCAACACCAAGAACAUCGUCCUCGCCACAGGCUCCGAGGUCACGCCCUUCCCUGGCAUCCAGAUCGAUGAGGAGACCAUCGUUUCAUCCACAGGAGCUCUGAGUCUGACGAAAGUUCCUGAAGAGCUGAUUGUGAUCGGAGCUGGAGUCAUUGGAGUCGAGCUGGGGUCAGUGUGGCAUCGGCUGGGUUCAACGGUCACAGCGGUUGAGUUCCUGGGCCAUGUUGGUGGCAUGGGCAUCGACAUGGAGAUCUCCAAGAACUUCCAGCGCAUCCUGCAGAAGCAAGGUCUUAAGUUCAAGCUCAGCACCAAAGUUAUGGGAGCCACCAGGAGGCCAGAUGGCAAGAUUGACGUGUCAGUGGAGGCUGCAGCUGGAGGGAAGAACGAGACGCUUACCUGUGACGUGCUGCUGGUCUGCAUCGGCAGAAGACCAUAUACCCAGAACCUGGGUCUGGAGGCUGUGGGCAUUGAGCUGGACAGCAGGGGGCGUAUACCUGUCAACAACCGCUUCCAGACCAACGCACCCAGUAUUUAUGCCAUCGGUGACGUGGUCGCCGGCCCCAUGUUGGCCCACAAGGCUGAAGAUGAGGGCAUCAUCUGCGUUGAGGGCAUCGCCGGCGGCGCUGUGCACAUCGACUACAACUGUGUUCCCUCCGUCAUCUACACGCACCCCGAGGUGGCCUGGGUGGGCAAGACGGAGGAGCAGCUCAAAGAGGAGGGCGUUCCGUACAAAGUUGGCAAGUUUCCUUUUGCAGCGAACAGCAGAGCCAAGACCAACGCAGACACCGACGGCCUGGUGAAGAUCCUGAGCCACAAGGAGACCGACCGGAUGCUCGGAGCCCACAUCCUGGGAACCGGGGCGGGGGAGAUGAUUAAUGAAGCCGCUCUGGCCAUGGAGUACGGCGCCUCGUGCGAGGACGUGGCCCGGGUCUGCCACGCCCACCCUACGGUGUCGGAAGCUUUCAGAGAAGCCAACCUGGCGGCCUCCUUUGGCAAAGCCAUCAACUUUUAACUUGCCAGCUGCUGCCACGCCCUCGGUGGGCAUCAUGGUGGGAAAACAGGAAGCUGUGUGUCCGGGACAAAACUAUACCAACUUUAACCUGCUGGGAUCCAGUGUGUUCAUCCAAACUACCACAGUCAGAUUUAUGUUAUUUAAAUGUUCUCAACAAAACAAUAAAAGACGUUUAAAUGAUAAAGA